AUGCCGCCUUCCCCACCUGGCACUUCACUCAGCUUCGGUUGCUGCCGCCGGUGUUUCCAGAUUACUCUGGCCCUGAAGUUUGCGGCGCCAAGAAAUAGCGGUCUCAGGCCUCGCCGAGGCCAGGGGACAGGUUGGUCGCUGGGCUACCGGCGCCCUCAGCGCGCCGGCUGCCUGAAGGCGCGCCUAAGGACCGCCCAUGCAGACGGUCCUGCUUCAGCUAUGUAUCUUACCCCUGAAGAAAAUAUUCCAAUGUCUUCUCAAUCGUCACUCUGGAAGACGAAAAGGAAUGCUGUCUUCCCUACUACUGAAAGCCAGAGCAAAACAGAAGCCUGGGUUCAAACAGUUAUCCCUUCACAUUCACAAGUAAUAGAAGAUUCUCUAAGAAAUAAUGCUGAACCCAGGUCACAAGGAACCAUAAUCUCAUCUGUCCCUCUGCCUGGCAGUGUUACUGACUAUCUGGAUGAGAUACACGUCCAUCCUUCACAUGCAGUGAAAAGCAUUGCCGUUGACGAGGAAGCUGCACAUGGUGAAAUCAAGCAGGGACAAAAUUGGCUGAACAAACUUGGAUUUGACAAGAACAAGCUGUCUUUUCUGAAAUGCCUCAAUGAAUGGAAAGGAAACAAAACACCUGCCUCCAAAGGUCUUCUGAGUUCUCCUAGAAUACUGCCUCAUGACAACCAGCUGGGUGGAUGUCUGUCCAAAGAAGAACAGUCCUACAUUCCAUACAGAUUUGCUAAAUUAUAUAUUACCAAGAUUGUAAAAGACAUGUACCAGAUGAAAAUUGGCUAUGUGAAGGUAAUCAAAGAACUGGAGCUUGUAGGAAAAGAAAACCAGGAGCAAGCCAUAAUGGCCCUGAAAAAUCAAUACAACAACAAAAUGAAAAUCCUGAGAGUCCACCUAGAAGCCUAUCAGAAGCUGAUAGACAGGAAGAACCAAGACUGGCAAGUCACAGUGAAGAAACUGGAGGAAGAAAACAAUAAACUAAGCCAAGAAAAUGAAGAGCUUGUCAACCAAAUAAGAUUGCAAAAAGAGGAAUGGGAUAAUGAAAAGGCUUGUCUACUCAAAAAUGCCACUCAGAAGUUAGACUGUCUUUAUACCCAGCAUACCUUAACUUUAGAAGAGCUUCAGAAGACUAGGCUGAAUCUGGAAAAAGUGCACAAAAUUGUAAACUUUCAGAUGGACUUGCCCUGUGAUCAACAAAAAACAUUAAUUACAUCAGAUGAGGUAGAAAUGGAUGGGAGACAUGAUUGCUCACCACAAAAGAAACUUUUGUUGGAAGUGAAAACAACUUUGGAAAUGGUUGAAGAGUCUUUACAGAAACAAUAUAGAGAUAUCAGUGAGCUUCUACAAAGUGAACAUUGGCGUAACUCUCAAAUCACAAAUACAGCAUUGUUGACAGAAUCAAUGGACAGAGUAGAGUUCUAGAAAGACAAAGAAGCAAAUGAAGUUCAUCAACUUUGGAAAAAAGGCCUCUGUUGGGAAACUGCAAGGUUGUGCAGUGAGCAUGUGGAAGAGAAACCUAAAUGAAACAGAUUUGAAGUGAAAAAAAAUUAGCCAAGUGACUCUCUGUCAAAGAGUCUUUGAAAAUGGCUCACUUUCACCAACCGACUUCUAUUCCAGCAAUAAUCUUGUUGAUGGACCUGUUGCCCAUUAUAUUAUUUAAAGCCCCAUCAGAGUUAUAAAAGCAUGUCGGUAAUGUGUUUUGUAACCAUAAUGAAUACAAAAGCAGUAUGGGGUUUUGCCAGAGCCCUGUGGAUUGGACUGCCCAAGCAUUAGAUAUUCUUUUUACUGUAUAAUGUUUCAAACGUUUUUGGAAAAUGUUUAAAUUUUCUGCACAACAGUUCCCUGAAUUAAUUGGGGGUGAGGAUUGCUUGCUUGCUUCAUCAGGGUUCCAAUGUUUGGUUUUUUUCUACUUGGAUAAUUUUUGAGAUUUCAGUGGAUGCAGUGUUAGCUGGGAGUUAGUUCUUUUAUAAAAACAUCUGUUUGCUUGGCUUUAUACCAAAAAUGAGAGCAAUGUGCAAUGAUAACUUCAAAAUAUUCAUUGUGUAUACAAUACUUAGGCUUGCAAACACUCCAGUAUUCUAAAAUUUAAUUUUCUGUGUAUGCUUUGUUUGAACAUC